AUGCCGCUUCGGGCGAGCAGCCGGUCCCCUGCGGAUCUGAGGAAGCAGGCGAGGCAGCUGGAGAACGAGCUGGACCUGAAGCUGGUCUCCUUCAGCAAACUCUGCACCAGCUACAGCGGCACCCGAGACGGAAGGCGCGACAGCUCUGACACAACUCCUCUCUUAAAUGGAUCAAGCCAGGACAGAAUGUUUGAGACCAUGGCUGUGGAGAUUGAACAACUUCUGGGAAAGCUUACUGGAAUAAAUGACAAAAUGGCAGAAUACACAAAUAGCGCGGGAGUCCCGUCCCUGAAUGCUGCACUGAUGCAUACGUUACAGCGUCAUAGAGACAUACUGCAGGAUUAUACGCACGAAUUCCACAAAACCAAAGCGAACUUCUUGGCAAUACGAGAAAGAGAGAAUCUGUUGGGAUCAGUACGAAAAGAUAUCGAAUCAUAUAAAAGUGGGUCUGGAGUGAAUAACAGAAGAACAGAACUAUUCCUGAAGGAGCACGAACACCUUCGAAACUCCGAUCGACUGAUAGAAGAAACAAUAAGCAUUGCCAUGGCAACUAAAGAAAAUAUGACUUCGCAGAGAGGGAUGUUGAAGUCAAUACAAAGCAAGAUGAAUACCUUGGCUAAUCGGUUUCCAGCAGUGAACAGCCUGAUUCAAAGGAUCAACCUUCGGAAACGACGAGAUUCCCUCAUCUUGGGUGGCAUUAUUGGCAUCUGUACCAUCUUACUGCUGCUAUACGCUUUUCAUUGA